GGCAGCAGCAGCAGCAACAGCAGAGAAAGUCAACAUGAGCUGCAUCUCUCAGAACAGAAGCCUGCUGUUCCACUAUGAUGAGGCAAAAGACAAGCAAAGCACACUGGCUUUGCAGCCUCUUUGGGACUUUGUUAGAACACAAGAGGCCUUGAUCAAGUCACCAUUCUUUCCAGUCCUCUUCAACUUUACACUGUAUACAGCAUUCUGUCUGCCUUUUGUGAUUCUGGACUUCUUCAGCACCCGAGUGCCAGCACUGAGGAAAUACAAAAUCCAGCCACAGACUUCUCCCACAUUGGGAUCGAUGAUGCUCUGUAUGGCACAAAGUAUCUAUCACCACAUCGUCUGCAUCUUCCCAGUGACUGUUGCCCAUUGGUACUGGAGACCUGUCAGCUUGCCAUCAUUGGCUCCUGAGUUGUCAAAACUCGUCUUGGAUGUAACCAUAUGCUUGCUGCUCUUUGACUUCCUAUACUUUCUGUGGCACUUGCUCCAUCACCGGGUGCCUUGGCUCUACAAGAACUUCCACAAGGUCCACCACAAGCAUGUCUCUACCUUUGCUCUUUCAACCCAGUAUUCGAGCAUUUGGGAGUUGCUGUGGUUGGGUUUUUUUGCAGCGACGAGCCCAAUGCUGCUGAAGUGUCAUCCUUUGACAGAAAUGAUUUUCUUCAUUGCCAACAUCUGGCUUUCAGUGGAGGAUCAUUCUGGCUAUGACCUCCCAUGGUCAACACACAGACUGGUGCCUUGGGGACUAUAUGGAGGAGCUCCACACCAUGAUCUCCAUCACUUGAAGUUCAAAUUCAACUAUGCGCCUUACUUCACACACUGGGACCGACUGUUUGGAACACUGAGCCAUGCUGUGGGAGGAGAUGGGUCAGUGGCAAAGAUCACCAAAGAGUAUCUUUAACCACCACCCUGCUAGAGACAAUAUGGGGACAUUCUGGAAAGAAGGAAACUGAAGAAAUUUGUAUUGCACCUUUUUAUAAUAAUAUUAUUUUUUUAUAUUUAUGGUAAUAUAUUUAUGGAUAUUUGCAACCUAUAUAUGUUUUAAAAAAACAGUUGUAAAGGUACAAGCCAUCCAAGAGACAGGAAAGUAGAGAUCACUGUCUAUAUGGCUAUCUAAGCUUUUAUAAAGCUGCUGUGUAUGUCUGACAUUUAUGUAAGAGGUUUUGCUUGCUGGAGUGAGAUGUGUAGUGAGAAUUGAAAGGAUGCCUAUAAAUGAUUCCUAUGGAAUUUAACUUCACACUGAAAAUGUAAAACACACCAAGAAUGCAAUAGAGACCUGUAAAAAAAAAAUCUGCUGAACAGCAACAGACCUCCUGGAAACUUGACUUUAUUAUAUUUCUAUUCAAU